AUGAAAGAUGAGACUGCAGUAGAAAGUAAUUCACAAAUAGAAAGUGAACCAAAAGCUAUUGAAUUGACCAAUAUGAAUGCUGAAAGUGAAGAAGGAAAGGAAGAAAGAGAUUUUUCAUCGGAUGAUAGUAUCGCAGAUCCUAAUUAUCACAUUGAAGAUAAUGAUUUAUCGUCAGAUUCGGAUGAAACGGUAGAAGAGAAUGAAGAAGAAAAUAUUUCACGUAAAUCAAACCAAAAUAUUACACGUAAGAGGAAAAUGCAGCCAGAACUUUGGAAAUCGAAUGUAGCAAAACGUCUACGAAAUGCAGGGAAAGAAUAUGUAGGCAAAAAUAAUAAAGUUAUACGAGAGAGACGAUUAGAACCAGGAUGUACAGAAAAAUGCAAGUUAAAGUGUAACACAAAAGAAAAAUGUCGGCGUUACACAAUGCAAAGCGCAUUGGUUCCACACCAUAGCUAUCUCGCCGUGUUGGGUGCUAAACACAACCAAUGUGGCUUCGCCGUGCUGCUUUAA